UUCAAUUCCUUGUUACCUUCCCGGAAAUUUCCCAGAAGAAUAAAAGAAAAGAUUUCUCAAGAUCAGCACCAAAAUAUAACGAUUUCUGUUUUCUUUUCCAGUCGCCGGCGAUCAGAUCUAGGAAGUGGGUUUUUGAUCCAAAAGAUGAGUACAAGUACGGCUGCUGGGGGUUCCUCUGCUCGGAGCACAUUUAUGAAGACUAAAUAUGAUGUAUAUAUUAGUUUUAAAUGUGAGGAUACUGGCUCUAAUUUUACAAGCCAUCUUCAUAGUGCUUUAUGUCAAGCGAAAAUCGAAGCCUUAACAGAUAAUGAGGAUCAUCUUGAGAAGGAAAAUGGGAUACCUCCCACACUUUUGAAAGCAAUUGAAGAAUCAAAACUUUGUCUAAUUAUUUUAUCAAAAGACUAUGCUUCCUCAAGACGUUGCUUAGAGGAACUCGUGCACAUUCUUGGAUGCAAGAAAACGGAUGGACAGGGCAAAAUUCUACCCGUCUUUUACAAUGUCAAUCCAUCAGAUGUACGGAAACUACAAGGAGAUUAUGCGGUUGCAUUUGCUAAACUUGAAAAACAUUUUGAGGGGGAGGAGAACAAAUUGCAAGCAUGGAGAGAGGCUUUGAUGAGAAUAGCCGAUCUCUCUGGCUGGGCAUCAAAGGAGUUUAGGUCUGAAUCAAAAUUGAUCGACACAAUUGUUAAUGUUGUGAUUAAGAAACUCAACGAUAUGCCUGUGGCAAAGGAUGAUUAUUUGCAGGGCCUGGUUGGAGUUACUAAACGCAUUGAAGAAAUUGAAUCGCUGUUGCACAUUGGUGCAUCAGAUGUUUUUACCAUAGGUAUUUGGGGCGUAGGUGGCAUAGGUAAAACAACCCUUGCUCGUGUUGUAUUUUACCGAUUAUUUUCUCAAUUUGAUGCUUGUAGUUUUCUCGAAAAUAUUCGAGAGGAAUCAAAGAAGCAUGAGCCGGAUCAUUUGAGAAACAAACUUUUUUCUGAGUUGUUGAAGGUUGGAAGUGAUAUGCAUAGCAUCUCAUUGCAGUUUGAAAAGGAUAGGCUUCGCCAUAAAAAGGUUCUAAUUGUCUUUGAUGAUGUAGAUGAUCCCCAACAACUAGAUCAGUUAUUUAGUCGUUCCUGGUUUGGUCGUGAGAGUAGAAUAAUCGUAACAAGUAGAGAUCGGCAAGUGCUUAGGAGUAUUGGAGUAAGUAACAUGUUGUUUGAAGUAGAGAGAUUAGAUUAUGUUGAAGCUCUUGAACUUUUUUCUCUACAUGCUUUUAAACGGAAGUCUCCUACCACAAAGAAAGAACAUUUGUCAAGAAGGGUAGUCGAUUAUGCUGGAGGUAUUCCAUUGGCUCUUAUAGUUUUGGGCCGCCAUCUUUAUUCUCGAAACAUAAAAGAAUGGAAAUAUAUAUUGGAUAAUAUACAAAAGAUUCCCGACAAAACAAUCCAAAGUGCAUUGAGAAUAAGCUACAAUUCGCUAGAUGAUGCUGAAAAAGAUAUAUUUCUUUACAUCGCAUGUUUCUUUAAGGGGGAGUAUAGAAAUCUUGUAGAAGAAAUACUAGAUGCUUGUGGUUACUUUGCAGCUGCUGGAAUAAGAGUUCUUAUUGAUAAGGCACUAAUAACUAUAUGUGCGUACCUGAACGAAAUACAAAUGUAUGAUUUGCUACAAAUGAUGGCUUUUGAAAUUGUUCGCCCGCAAUCUACUAUUCAAGAUUCCAGAAAAGGCAGCAUGUUAUGGAUUGCCGAUGAUAUUUAUCGUGCGCUAAAUAAUGAUGAAGGAGCUGAAAACGUUAAAGGAAUAUCCUUGGAUACGUCUAAUUUUAAUCGCGAGAUUAGCUUGUUGCCUACAUCCUUUUUAAAGAUGUGCGAACUAAGAAUGCUCAAAAUCAAUGGUAGCAAAUUAUGCUUUCCUCAAGGUCCCCCUGCUUUCCCCAAUAUGCUCAGGUAUCUCAAUUGGCGUGCAUAUCCUUUAAAAUCCUUGUCAACAAAUUUUAGUGCAGAGAUGCUCGUUGUACUUGAGAUGCGGGGAAGCAAACUUGAAAAACUUUGGGAAGGUGCCCCGCAUUUAGAUAAAUUAAAAAGUAUCGAUCUCUCAGGCUCCAUGCAGCUUACUCAAGUUCCAGAUCUCUCCCAGGCUCCAAAUAUUGAGUGCAUGAAUUUUAUGUUUUGUGCACGUUUGAUUGAAGUUCCGUCAUAUUUUCAACAUCUUUAUAAGCUUAAGGAGCUUUAUUUAAUAGGAUGCUCAUCUCUUUGCAAGUUAUCGGGGCUUCCAAAGAAUUUAAGAACAUUAAAUGUGCUUCCUGGACCACUUGACCGUGGGUGCAAGUCUUACUGUAGGUGUAGGAACCUCUGUACAUGGUUUUCCUCUUUUCAUUUUUCUUCAAUGUUGGAAAAGUUUCCAAAAAUCUCGGAGCCUAUGGAAUCUAUAAAGACUCUUAAAUUAGAUUUUUCAGCGAUUAAAGAGCUACCCUUGUCAAUUAAAAAUUUAACUGGGCUUGAAAUAUUAAGCCUGAAUUUUUGCCAAAAUCUUGAGUUUCUCCCUGACAGUAUCCAUAGCUUAAGCUCUUUGCAAAAACUACGCCUUGCUUUCUGUCAAAAACUUGAAUCACUACCAAUACUUCCUCCAUCUCUAUCAGUUCUUGAUGCCAGGUGCUGCACUUCAUUGAAGAUUGUGUCAAGUUUAAUGCCUUUGGUGAAACAAAAUUGGGAUGAUCUCUACGAUAGAGGUUACAAGUGGGAAGAGUUUAGAUUUUUGGGUUGUGAAAUGUUGGAUGAGAAUGCACGCAAAGUUCUUAUGGAUGAAGCAUUGUAUAGAGUUUUGCGUUUCGCAACUUUAUUUUCUAAAUAUGGACCCCUUUGUGGUGAUGUUGACGACGACGACUACAAUGAUGACGACGAUGAUGAUGUUGAUUACAGGUUGUUUCGGAGUGGAACUCAUAUUUGUUGGCCAGGAUGGGAAAUUCCAAGGUGGUUCAUUCACAAGAGUGAGGAAUCUUCAAUUUGUGUACACCUUCCUCAUCCUGAUCAAUGGUACAACAGCAGCUACUUAGGUCUCGCCGCUUGCGUUCUUGUUGGGUUCAAUGACAUCCUUUUGACGGCUAAACCUCUCUCGUUAGUAGUUUAUUGGAAUUCUGUUUACAUGUUCCCUAAUGGCGAUUCAUGGAAACAGACAAGAAUUAUGGAUUUCUCUCUCUCAUAUGUAUAUCGUAAGGCUUCUUUUAGUGAAUGUUCUUGUACUCUUGAUGGUAAAGUUUUCGAAAAGAAUAUUGAUGACUCCCUGAAGUCUGCAUACGUGUUUGUGUUUGUGGACAACACUUACGGUGAGUUCCUCACAUCAAAAAAUGGGCAACUUGAUGCAAAUGGGAAUAAGUCCCCUUGUACCGGUACAGUUGAUUUAUCCAUUUACUCUAGGGAAUGGGGUAACUACCUUAAAGCAGACGAAAGAAGUUUUGAUGCAAAUGGGAAUAAUGGAAUCAAUCGUACUGCUACAGCCUCAUUUUCAUUUGAUUUGUGCGAAGAUAGUCAGGUAUUUGCAAAAAUAAAGGGGUGUGGGAUCCACUUCCUAUAUACCCAAGAGGCAGAGAGAUUUGGUUUUGUACAACAAAUUGAGUUUGAAUCAAGUGGAGGUGAAAGCAUUCAUUCUGAAUCACUGCAAGCAGAAGACGAAGAAGAUCAAGAUGGGGAAUCACUCCCUAAAAGAAUUAGAAUAUAAAAUCUUUUUUCCCCGUCAGAGAUCAAGUUGUUGGAGUACCUUGUUGAUUAGGCUCGGGCUUCUCUAAGUGUUGUCGUGGUGAUCCGACUUCUUGAGGCGUCAUAAAACUUACUUAAACGUAAUUACUUAAUUUAUUUUCUUGUUUACAAAAAUUUUAGGGAAUUUUUUUUUGAAUUAUAUCAUAAAAUAUCAUAACAUUGCAUAUCAAGUCAUAUUGCACCAUAGUCCAUAGAUCAUAAUAAGUAGUUUACAUAAAGGUUAACUAUACAAGUUAGAAUUAGUCAUAAAAUGCCCAUAAGAGUCAUAAUACAUACACUCUAUAAUGUAGCUAUAUUGAGUCCCAAAAGAUUAGACAAGUUCAAUAACAAGUGCAGUCAUUCAAAAUAAGAAGAUAUCAGAAGGUCACGGCCAGUGAUCCUAAAGUUUGUAUCUAUACGGCCUACUAUGGAGGUCAAAUGUCUACUUCUCCUACUUAUCCAUGGAGCCCUGGAGGUCAAAUGUCUACUUCUCCUACUUAUCCAUGGAGCCCUCACCACUCUGGUGCUCACUUGGGUCCUCCUCUUGGUAUGAAUCUUCAUUGGAAUCCUCCUCUGAAUCGUCCAAUGGUACCUAAUGUGAAGCGGACCCUUUCUAGGGCGAGGGUCUGACAGAACAUGUCUGAAACCGUAACGUUUGCAACACUCCUCUAGUGCUGCUAGCCCAUCCCUAAUCGUCUUUGCAACAAAAUAGGUAUCAAUACAUAGGCAGUCUAGGCUUGUGUAGGGUGCUCGAUGCAAACGGUCCCUAACCUCUCUCGGAAGUCCUCGCAAAAAGAGGUGACACUACUCGUCUUCCAACACAGGGAAGGUGUGACUCUCCAACAUCUCGAUCCUGAAGCGACACAUGUUGGUCUCAGCAUCCUCACCAUGGGUGACCAUUCCUCAGUCAAUUUGAGGAAGUAUCUCGCCUGUGCAAUUGUCACUGCUUGAUAUGGCGGUCUUUAUAGAGGUGCCUUCCCUGUAGAAAAACAAACAUUAAUGCUGCGAUAAAACUCAUCUCAUGUCAUAUCCUGAGGGUCUCUCACGGUGUUCUCCCACUAGAUGUGAGCAUCGUCGACGAGCAGUCCUAUGGCAACCCUGUCUAGGAGUCGACAUAAUUUAGGAAACUGGUAACACUUCACAAGAGCCGAUUCUAGACUUGUGAUAUUGACAUCGAAUCCUAGACGAGGUUGGCCGUAGGACAGCUUGUCAAUGACGUCGCAUCUGGUGGGAGAUCACUGGGAGAGACCCUCAAGAUUUGACAUGGGAUGAAUUUUAUCGCAGCAUUAUCGCUGGUUUUCCUUCAGCGGAGGCACCUCCACAGAGAUUGUCAUAUUAGGCAGUGACAUUUGAACAUGAUACUUCCUCAGAUUGACUGAUGAAUGGGGACCCAUGCGUGUCGAGGAUGUUGAGAUCUACAUACGUCACUUCAAGACAGAGUUAUUGGAGAGACCCCUUUUCUAUGACGAAGGUCGAGCAGUGUCCAUCUAUUUCUAUGAAGAUUUCGAGAAAGGUUAGAAACCGUU